AUGUCCUCGACUCGCCCUACCCGUCGCAAUACCACCGCCGCCGAACAACUUCGGCUCGAAGAGAUCGAGCGCAACCGUCGCAACAACCGUGACGGAAGCACCACUGGGCAUAGGGUGCGCGAACGGCAGGGAGGACGAGGAGAACGGGAGUUGGGAGGUGGAGAUAAUGGAAAUGCGGCAAGUCGUGACGAGAUGGAAGCAUUGAGGGCGGAAAACCGCAGACUCAGAGACUUGACAGGGGAGCUACAGUUGAAUGGCGAGGGUCAGGAAGACAUCUCAGACUACUCAAACGGAGAUGGUCUGGUGGGGGCUUUCCUAGACUUCGAAAAACACGCCAAAGUGAGUAGCGCUGGCAAAGCCGUGAGCGAGUCAGGCUUCAAGAAGUUGGUAGGCGUCACCAACUAUGAGGGGUGGAAGAAAUCGUUCCAGACCAUGGCUGAGAUACAUAACCUCUGGGAGAUGUACGAAGGCAGGUUUGAUGCGCUUUCGACCAUCACAGAUCAGAAAGUAUCAGUCAAGUUCAGACGACUGAGUCGAAAUGCCAUGGGCAUCCUUCAUACUGCCUGCGAUGGGACGAUUGGGUCAUCACUCCAGAGUGAGGGCAUCAAGCUGCCUUCACAGGCGAUGACACUCCUGAGUGAGCGUAAUCGCCAGCGUGGGAGCGCGAUCGUCUGGUCGUUGUUCAAGGAGUUCUUCAACACUACGCUUGCAAGUACUGGAAGCGUCACCCAGUUUCGAAACAAAUUAGUGGAGGUGCAGGAGAAGUUGAUGGCAGUCGACACAGGCUAUCGCCUGCCAGCAUGGCAGGUCAACUCCCACUUCCUCACUGCACUCACCAGUGCGUUCGACAACAAGGUUGCUGUCUUGAGCUCAGAUGAGUCUAUCGUCUCGGUCACUGAUCCAAAGGACUUUCAGACCUUAGCUCGAGAAGUAAUUCAAGAAGAACAACGCCAGAUGAACAACGAUGACAGCAUCACUCUAACCUGGACUGCUCUUGCUCACGUACUGGUGGCGUUGGGUACAAGAUGGUGGAUGGAAGUCGAGGCAGAGACAUGGGCAGAGACCAACGGCCCAUGGUUGCCACUAGCAUUAGGUGUCAUCAACGGACGACUGGCCCCAGACGAUUGGGUCCUCGACAGCGGAAGCUAUACACACGUGACUGGAAGACAGUCGCUUUUUGAGACGAUGAGACCGGCACCACCCGGAAAGCGGGUCAUGGGGGUCGGUGGAGGCGUGACAGUCGCUGGUAUCGGGACGGUCAAGAUUCCGAUUGCCUGCGAGGUCAAUGGCAUAGUCUACAACAAGACCUUCACCAUCCAGAACGUUUCGUAUGCGCCGGGUCUCCCCUUCAACAUCAUCUCUUGUCGAGCGUUGACCUUGACGAAGGAAGGGGAGAAGGCAGGCAUACGCUUUAUGAUGGAUGGCCACGACCUCGAGAUCGUACGUACAGAGACUGGACAAGUAAUCGCCACGGCUGACUGCCGCACCACCGACCUAUACGUACUGUCACGACCGAAAGCAAAGGCCACCCGAGAACAACGGCCGCAGCCAUAUGCCUUUACAGCAAUACCCUCAGACGUGCCCAUCGAGACUCACCAUCGCCGGUUGGGACACCUCGGAGAAGGGAGGCUGAGGAGGCUGCUACGACGUCUCAAUGUAUCAAGCGCAGAGGAUCCACUACCGCCAUGCGAAUCCUGUAGCCGAGCAGGCAUGAAGAGGAGAAACUUUAAGAACUCUGGAACAAGGAGCACGAAGCCUCUACAACGGGUCUUUGUCGACCUGGCGGGACCAGUCAACGCAUAUGAUGGUAAGAAGAAAGUAAAUGAUCGCUUCGCUCUCACCAUUACGGACGACUACACUAGAUACAGAUGGGUGAGAGUGUUGCGACACAAGAAUGAUGCAGCAAGAGAACUACGGAUCUGGAAGACCCAGAUUGAGAAAGAACUAGAACACCAACUGCUAGCCGUCCGAAGAGAUAAUGGCGGAGAGUUUGACAAUCGUGUUUUGAACGAAUUUUUCAAGGAAACGGGCGUCAGAGUUGAGCCCACCGCACCAUAUAAUCCAGAGCAGAACGGGGUCGCAGAGAGGGGCAUGAACAUCUUGUUCACCGCAGUGAGAGCGAUACUAGAUGAGUCGAAUCUUGGUCAAAAUUGCUUUGCCGAGAUCCUCAUCAGUGUCACCGAUAUAGUCAACUAUUGCCCAACCUCGGCCAACCCUGGAGAUCAGCCACCUUACGAGCGGCUGUAUGGAAAGCCACCUCCGAUAGAGCAUCUGCGAGUAUUGGGCUGUGAAUGCUGGAAGCCCCGACCCCGAAAUGACUACGCAAAAUUCAAAAAGCUUGAUCCCCGGGCGGACAAGUGCUAUCUCCUCGGCUGCAUUGCCAAGCAUCAGUAUCGCGUAUGGAACACCUGCACCGAGCGAGUUGAGUUAGUUCGAGAUCUGCACUUCAAUGAGGACGUAUUUGGUCCAGGGGGAGAAGUCCCCGAAACCGCGCGUCAGCCAGCCCAUGGCGAUGAAGCCAUGAUUCAAGAUACCCUUGCGCAUAGGGCUAAGCGGCGACGGUCCUCCACGAUCGAAGGGGAGACUCUGGCGGCUUUGUCAGUGAAGCCUGCUGCGAUCGAUGGAGGACUCGUGCUAAUCGCCCACGACGGCGAGGUGAAUGAAGCGGAACGCAUUUCAGAAGAAAACAUACAGGCCCAGGUGGCACAUUCAUUAGUGUCGGUGGACCACGAUGACUGGAGUGUGAUUACUGAGUGUCUGGCGGCGCUGUCAGCGCUGGAAAAGAAUCAAGAUAAACUAGAAAACCAUGUGGUUGAUCAUGCGAUCAGUGACGCAUACGAACCUAAGAAUUACGAGGAUGCUGUUACCUGUGCGGACGCAUCAAGAUGGAUUCCAUCUAUGGAAGAAGAAAUUAAGGAGAUUAUAGCCAACUAG